AUGACGAGCUCAGUUCGCGUCAUCACAAAAAAAAUGAAGCUUCUCCUUCUCGUUCUCGCUGUCGCCGCCAUGGUGCCAUUGGCGCGAAGCACGCACUCGGUUCGAAUACGCGGCCGUCUACUCUGCUACGGCAAACCGUUGUACAGUCAUCUCGUGCACGUCUACGAGCACAAUUUUCUGUUUCCCGAUGUGCAGACGGUCGAGGCGCUCACCGACACCCAGGGAUAUGUGGACGUCUCGGCGACCGGCGGCGAAUCGUUCAUCAUCGAAUCGGCGCCCUAUUUGUACGUGAGGCAUGAUUGUCCGGGACGAUGCGACACCCUUCAAGUGGUGAUUCCCGACUACUAUGUGAAUCGCGGACAUUUGCCGAGAAGAGUGUUCAAUUUUGGCGAUCUCGAAAUUGCCAAUAAUUGCUGA